AUGCUCUCACGCAUAGUUCUCCUUGUGUCGUUAACCUUGGGUGUUGAUGCUGUGGCAUUGCUCCCUCGACUCAAUGAUGGUGUAGCAACAACACCACCGAUGGGCUACAACCAUUAUUCUUGUUCGCCUAAUGAAACAACCAUUCGAUCUAACGCAAAGGCACUCGUGGAUCUAGGACUGGACGCCCUUGGAUACCGCUAUGUCGGCAUCGACUGCGGAUGGACAGUGGCAGACCGAUUAUCCAAUGGAUCUCUCACUUGGAAUGAAACAUUGUUCCCCAGUGGCUUCCCGGCUGUCGGUCAAUAUAUCCACGAUCUUGGAUUGCUCUUCGGGGUAUACGAGGAUGCAGGUAUCAAGACUUGCGAUACCGGUAUUGACCAAGUAGGAAGUUUGUUUCACGAGGAACAAGAUGCGGCAACAUUCAUGUCGUGGAACAUCGACGCGCUCAAAUAUGACAAUUGUUACUCCGAGGAGCCUACAGGAUAUCCCAACACAGAUUAUGCACCAAGCACAUCACCGCGGGCACGGUAUGCAAACAUGACAAAGGCACUCGCGGCGCAAGACAAGAAAGUCCUCUUUCAAAUUUGUGAAUGGGGAGUCGAUUUCCCCGCGCUUUGGGCGCCGAGUUCAGGUCACACCUGGCGCAUCGGUAAUGAUAUUAUCCCGGCAUGGCGAGCCAUUUUCAGAACGCUCAACCAAGCGGUGCCGCAGACCUCGUUCGCAGGACCCGGUCAAUGGCCUGAUCUGGAUAUGAUGGAAGUUGGAAAUGACGUUCUGACUGUGCCAGAAGAGCAAACCCAUUUCUCCCUGUGGGCUAUUCUGAAGAGUCCGCUGGUGAUCGGCGGUGCACUGAAAGAUGAAUGGACGGCGAUUAGUGAAGCAUCUCUGGCGAUUCUGUCGAACAAGGAUGUCAUCGCAUUCAACCAGGACUCGUUAGGUCAAAGUGCAAGUCUUCGACGCCGGUGGUCCGAUCAAGGGUAUGAAGUAUGGAGUGGACCUUUAUCCGGUGGACGAACAGUCGCAGCGGUAAUCAAUUGGGCUGAUGAGGCUCGGGAGUUGACACUAAGCUUGCCGGACAUUGGGCUGCAGUCUGCUGGCACUGUGAGGGAUAUCUGGAACAACAAGACAUCCUCCAACGUGAAAACGAGCUACACGGGCUCAGUUGAACCACACGGCGUGCUGCUCCUUGAGUUGCAAGAUACAGUUUCCGCAGGAACAUAUGCAAGCAAGGUAUUUGCAACUAUAAACGGAGAUCAGACUACCUUCCACUCAAUAUACGCCAACACGACUAGUGCAAACCACACCCUGACAGUAGAGUUUGAGGAGCCAGCUGCAUCGAAAACCACCCUCAUCUUGAAAUCACCAUCCAAAGAGGUGAAGAUUCCUGUGUCACCUUCCGCAAAGAGCGUAUCUGCCACUAUAUUCCUGGUCGCGGGCUCUUCGAACGAGCUUACCAUCGACUCAAGUAACCCAUUGAAGUCACUCCAUGUGACAGCGCCAUCAGGAGAGUACUAUCCCUGCACCUCCUUCACGCUGGGUGGAUCCUCCAAACUCGAAAAGUGUGAUGCCGACUUUUGUGCCCCUGUCGGAUCCAAAAUUGGCUAUAUUGCUGCCGAAAGCGCUAUACACGCGACGAUCUCAGCAACCGUCGAUGACGAGUCUCAGAAUAGCACAGCCUCCAAGUAUCUGGAGAUUGACUAUAUCAAUAACGAUAUCGCUCUGGCGACGAGUUGGGGUUGGGGGUCCAGUUCUAGGAACUUGACAAUCUCUGUGAACGGCGGAAAAUCCGUACGACUAGAGGUGCCGCUGACGGGUCAACAUAGCGAGUUGUUCGGUCCUGAGAAGGGGUGGUGGGAUAGCUCGAAGCUUGGUAUCUUGGUGGAUGGUUGGAAGAAUGGCUCAAAUGAAGUUGUCAUCGGAAACGAUGUUGAAGGAGAUGUCUCACAGACGUACGGCCCUGACUUCGUAGGUCUGCAGUUUUACGACUGA